GCACUCUCACCAGACGACACCGCACACAAAGCACCGCGACCUCGUCUGAAUUCCUGCCCUUUGAUUCGAUCAAUACGGCGCACCCGGAGGUGUGGCAGCAUCAUCUUCGGAUUUUAGGGCGCCCGCGUUGAGUAAACGUCACAACAGUUGAUUAGCGGCUAGACCUGCAGAGUUGUGUAGGUUACCUUGCGCUUCUUGCAUCCUUCGAGGGUUUCCGUCGGCGGAGAAAGAGCUAUUCGAGGCCAUGGUAGCCGUGAUGCUAUGAUUUAAUGAGAAGCGACGACCUGACUGUUAUUUGCACACGACAUCUCUCCAGCCUACCUACCGUAUAUAUCCUCCCACUUUCCGCGACAUUGCGAGCCGUUAAAGACAGCAAAGGUUCCUCAUCAGCCAUAUCAUGACGUCUAUCAGCGAAACCGUCAAGGCGCACAGGCCGGAUUUGGGGCCGUAUGAGGAGCUCUACAAGCACUUCCACGCAAACCCUGAACUUUCAUUCCUGGAAGAGGAGACAGCGAGAAAGAUUGCCGAGAAUUUGCGGAAAUUCGACGCCUAUGAGGUCUUCACGGGCAUUGGAGGCCACGGCCUUGCCGCGGUCCUCCGCAACGGCCCGGGCAAGACCAUUCUCCUCCGCGCAGACAUCGACGGCCUACCUGUGCAAGAGCAAACCGGUCUUCCCUACGCCAGCACCAAGCGAAUGAAAGACGUCACUGGCGUGGAGAAACCCGUGAUGCAUGCUUGCGGGCACGACAUGCACAUCACUUCGCUCCUUGCUGCCGCCGAGGGACUUGUCAGUGCGAGGGAUAAGUGGAGCGGGACUGUGGUGUUGGUGUUCCAGCCUGCGGAGGAGAGGGGAGCUGGGGCGAAGGCGAUGGUUGAGGAUGGGCUGUAUAAGAAGGUGCCGGUUCCAGACUUUGCUAUUUCUGGUCAUGUUGUGCCGUUCCGAGCUGGUGUCAUUGGCACCAAACACGGCCUCGUAGCCUCCUCAGCCGAUUCUUUCCACCUCAACAUUCCCGGCCGCCAAUCCCACGCAUCAACCCCCCACACCUCCCUUGACCCCAUCCUCCAAGCCGCCCAUACCAUAACCCGUCUCCAAACCAUCGUCUCCCGCGAGACUAACCCCCUCGACUUCGCCGUCGUAACCGUCUCCUCCUUCCACGCCGGCGACGCCGAAAACAUCAUCCCCAGCCACGCAGACCUCAAACUCGACGUCCGCGCAGCCGUGCCGCAGACGCGUCAACGCUUGCUACAAAGCGUGCAGCGCAUCGUCGAGGCGGAAGCGGUAGCGAGCGGGAACCCGCAGAUGCCUACGUUGACGAGGACGAGGGAAUUCCCGUUCCUCUUCAAUGACGCAGGUAUUACGACGGCGUUGGAAAAGACGUUUUCGCAAGUUUUCGAAGUCGGACCCCACGGGUACAACGCCGAUAUCCCUCGCCUACAGGGCAGUGAGGAUUUCGGCAUUCUGGCGGAAAGCGUGGGGAAGCCGUGUUGUUUCUUCCUUUAUGGGAGUAUGGAUCCCGAGACGUGGGAUCGGUUGGAGAGCGAGCAGCGGUUGGAGGAGGUGCCGGGGAAUCAUAGCCCGAGGUUUGCGCCUGUGGUGAGGCCGACGUUGGGGGUAGCAGUGAAUGCGUUUAUGGGGAGUGUGUUGACGUUUUUGGGGGUUUAGGGAGGACCAAUGGGGGGAGUGAUGGUGUUUGGAAGAGGUGUUGUAGGGCAGACCUAGGUAUGAAAUCAAUGGUCUACGUCCAAUAUCUUGAUAAGACUAACAAGCAAGAUUCCCUCCUUUGCUUUGAUUUCAUUUUAUUUUAUAAAAUCCUGAUUAACCGGCCUUGAUUGGACAUUGUUCCUGGCGGUAGCUGCGG